AAGCAUAAACAGAAGAACCAAAACCAAAACUGUUUAAGCUUCGUUUUGGUGCUAAACCCUAACAAUGGCGACCUCCUUAGCCUCGCAAUUAGAAACUCUAAGGUCCUUCGCCAAAGCCGACUCCGAGCCUCUCAAGCGACCAUUCACCCGUCCUUCAAUAUUGUUCGAUCCCAAAGAAGCCGCCGACAUCGAUAUCGAAACUCUUUUCUCCCUCGCUCUUGAAGGUUUAGAGGUUCUUAUUGGCAAGGAUGAGCGGUUCAGGAACUAUAAGAACGAUUUGUUUAGUCACAGGAGUAAGGAGUUGGAUAGAGAGUUGAUGGGAAUAGAACAGAAUAAUCAACUUAAUGUCUCCAUUGCUUCGUAUUUAAGACUGCUUUCUGGAUAUUUUCUUCUUAGGCCUGCUCUUAAAACGCUUGAGUACUUGAUACGUAGACACAAGAUUCAUGUGUACAACGUCGAGGAUUUGAUUUUGUGUUCUUUGCCGUACCAUGACACACAUCCGUUCGUACGAAUAGUACAGAUACUUGAUACAAGGAAUACUAAAUGGGGGUUUCUUGAUGGUGUUAAAGCGUCUGGUGCACCGCCUCCUAGGAUGGUCAUAGUGCAGCAGUGCAUCCGUGACAAGGGCAUAUUAGAUGCUCUAUGCAACUACGCAUCUCCGUCUAAAAAGUCUCAACCUUCAAGGCUUUUUAUUGGUUUUUGUACUGCUGUUUUUGUUGAGGUUUUGGGUACUGUUGUAACUGUAGACGAUGAUCUUGUAAAGAGGAUACUUCCUUUUGUGGUAUCUGGUCUUCAGCCUGGCAUUAAUGGAGUUUCAGAUCACAAGGCUGGUUCUUUGAUGAUCAUUGGUUUGCUUGGAAACAAAGCUGCAUUAGCUCCCAAGCUUUUGAAUAGUCUGAUACGUUCAGUUGCUGAGGUUGCUAGUGGCGAGGCUAUACAGAUGACAGAUAUCUAUUGGUUUCGAUUGUCCCUUAUUACUUUAAUAAAUGUUGUUCAGUCUCAAAAUGUUGAAAUCCUACCAACGAAGGCCUUGGAGGUUUUAAAUAAAAUAAGGGACCUGGCAGGGGUUUUAUCAGAAUUAUCUAAGGAGUUCAAUAUUGAAAAGUUUCUUCGUGUGCUUUUGGACUCCCUGAUUGACUGCAGUUCUGAUGAAUACUGUCAGCAGACUUUGCUAUCCUUGAUAGAAAUUAUCCCCAUAAACAGUUUUGUUGAUCACGUGGUCAUGACAAUUCUUUCAACUUGUGUGAAAUUAUCACAAAAAGUUGGUGACUCAACUUCUUCCAUGUCAGCUGGCUGGGCAAAGAAGAUUCUGAUUAUUUAAAUCACAAAGUACCCUUCGGAACUACGUGGUGCAGUUCAUCAUUUCCUUCAGG